CGCGCGCAGGGGGUCAGCGCGAUGACUGGUCAUGGUAGCUCCGCAGGUGCCUUCUUUGAAGAUCCUCUGUAUCAGUUCGUCACGAUCGAUGCAGCGCCUGUUGUGCUCGUAUUCCUCUUCCUUUUAUUCCAGUCGUUUCGUCUGAGAAAGAGAGCCUGGGACACUCCCAGCAAGCGCUUCAGCCGUGGGCUCGAAAUUUGUUUCGUUCUCCAGUACACCAUAUGUCUUGGGAUCUGGAAGAGAGGUGGUGCUGAUGGCACGGGUUUUAUCCUACUUAUCGUUUUCUUUCUGAGUAUCAAUUUUUUUAUGUCUGCCGCUGCAACAGCGUUGACGCUGCAAGUUAUUUUUCCAUGGUUACCCGAGUCAUUGAAGCCUCGUCUACAGUCGAAAUCAGCAACACGGAGCAAAGUGAUCCUGGAGAUCCUAGCGUUGGUGAUGAUGAUUUCCUACAACAUGUCCGGGAUCUUGUUAGCCAUGUUGUUUGAAGCCUCCGUUGAAUUUAGUGUCCUUAAAUUUUUUAUUUUAAUGUAUUACUCCUUGAGCGUCCUGAUUGUUCUAUUAGCUAUCAUUUUUAAUGUGUUUUGCAUUUUCUGUGUUUUCAUGGUGGUGCUAAAAAAUCCCAAAAAAUUCCAGGUGAAGUUAUUCUUAUCCAUUGCGAUGGUUGUAAUCGAUUGUUCAGUUUCAAUCACAACCUUUCUUGUUCUCUUCAUGACGUGCUUCGCACACAACGCUUGUAACGUGCACCUGCAGCUCCCAAUGCAGCAACGCCGCUGAUAAGGGACAGGGAAGCAGAGGAACAACGUACUGGCUUACUAACAGGGAGUAAUAGCGGAUCUUCCACCACCUCAUACAAUCCUCUAGAGAUGUCUGACUGUAGUCCCAACUACAAACCAUUACCAUAAUUAUUGUGAUUAUGACAGUGCUUUACUAUGAUGAAGAACCAACUAGAGUAGCUAUUGUUCUGACUGCCACUAGCUGACUACUAUAGCAACCAUGAUUGUAUUGAACUUCAGUGACCAUUGUGUAUUGUAGCAUUUCCUUGUAUGAUUGGAACAAUAACCCUGACGC